AAAUCUUGGGCACUGGAAUAUAAUCCAAAAGAGUCACUAAACGCCGACGUCUGCGAGUCCCCUCUGACAUUUGCUCACCUCCACUCCAUUUCCGAGAGAGAAGGGCAAAGGCCAAACGGUGGCCAAAGGGAAAGCAGUGAAAGCUUCUCCCUCUCUUUCAUCUACAUAGCGUCGGAAGAAUUAGUGGAGGCCCUCCAGUUUCAGAUAUUUCAGGUAGACCAUUAUGACGAUAAAACCAACAGUUGCCCUAAGAGCUAUCCUUGUUGGUGGAGUAGCUGCAUUUGCAAAAAUUGCGGGUGCUCUUAAAGCUGCAGGUGGUGUAAAAGUAGGUGCAGCUGCUGCUGCCGUGACAGCUGCAGCAACUGCAGCCAGGUCAGGGUCAAAGCAGGAAUCAAAGGAUUCUCCUAAACAGCCAUCAAAAUGACUUUGGUUGUAGAUGGACCUUGUGUGUUAGGUAAAGCGAUGAAUUCCCUGUUAGUUUCUUGGAAAGUUUUGGCCUUGCGAAACUUGUACACUGCAAUAAUAAUAUGAAUGCACUGAAAUAAAGUUCUUCAUAGCUUUGGGUACGAGUGAUAAUCAAAUCAUACAUCUUGUAGUCCUGCAGUUGUUCAUAUCAUGUUGUCUUGUAAUUUGAUUUUGGAUUUUGCCGGAAUGUUCUUGGUAGCUAUGGACAUGCUAUUUUCUUUCAUGGGCGGAGGACGGAAAUGAAUUCACACUGUUCCUAACACA